AUGUCCAGUACACCUUUCAAGGUCAUCGUCGUGGGCGGUGGCCCGGUCGGCCUCACUGCAGCCCAUGCACUCGCCCGCGCAGGCAUCGACUUUGUGGUCCUCGAACGCCGGGACUCGGUGGUUCUCGAUCAAGGCUCCAGCCUGGUUCUGGGACCUCCUUCGCUGCGCAUAAUGCACCAGCUCGGUCUGCUCGAUCAAUUGCUAGCGAUUGGUGGAGAGCUUCGCCAGGUCCAGGCCUAUACGCGAGAGGGACACGUAUUCCGCAAUACCAAUCCCUUCCAAAUCCUACAAAGGAACCACGGAACGGCCCCUGUCGCGUUCCACCGCGCACACCUCAUUCAGACCCUAUACGACUUACUUCCAGAGAAAGCGAAAACGCAGUACCUACUCAAUAAGAAGGUCAGCGACAUCGAAUCAAGCGACGCCGGGGUGCGACUCACCUGCACUGAUGGGACCUCGUUCGAAGGGUCCAUGGUCCUUGGCGCAGACGGCGUCCACAGCAAAACCCGGCAGUUGAUGCGUCGACUCGCCUUAGCCGCAGACCCCACACGCAGCUGGGAUGCGGAAAGUCCCUUCAAAGCCGAGUACAAAUGCAUGUGGUGCAGCUUCCCCCGGCGGACUGAGCUCUCCGGGCGCGAGCGCGGGUGGAUCUUCCUCUAUGAGCGCUUGCCACAGCCCACAUCCGAUCGGGUCGACUAUACGACGGAGGAUAUGGAGGCGAUGGCGGCACGGUUUGCUGACUUUCCUAUCACCGAGACGCUGCGGGUGAAGGACGUGUACGCGGAGCGGUUCACCGCGGGCAUGGCCAACCUGGAGGAAGGCAUUCUCCAGCACUGGGGUUGGAGACGGAUUGCGCUGGCGGGGGACGCAUGCCACAAAUAUACGCCCAAUUCUGGGCUGGGACUGAAUAACGGCAUCAGGGAUGUGGUGGUGCUCUGCAAUGGAUUGCACAAGGCGCUACAGAGCGCAGCGGAUAACUCAUUAGACACCGCCACGCUCGGACAGAUAUUCGACGAAUAUACAAAAGAGCGCGCCAAGCCCGUUCGCUCAGAUGCGGCGCAGUCAGCGCAGACCACGCGGCUGCACGCGUGGGCCAAUACGUUGUACUACCUAGCAGCGCGGUACAUCAUGUCGUGGCAGUGGGUGGAAGGACUGCUGAUCGGUUACCUGGGGGCGCGCGGGAUAAAGCAAUGGCCGGUGCUGCAGUACGCCCCUGCUACAGAGCCGUUCGCGGGGGCCGUGAAGUGGGAUAACCCGUUGCCAUCGCUAGACAAGGAGCUGCGUGUUGAUGGCAUAUUCUGGUGUUGCGUGAUUCUAUCCCUUAAUGAGAAACAUCUUUCUUCCUCACUGAUUUGUCCCCAUGGCUGUGCCAACGCAUGA